CCUUAAUUCACUGUUACCAAUGUGAGCUCGGAUUGGAUUUCAACAGCACUAUCACUUCGGUUGGAUGAGUAGUCAGGGCUCCCAACUGGUUGUGGUUGUCACAUUCUUUCUUCUUCUUACAGCCACCACUGUUGCUCUCCGGUGCUAUGUGCGGCUCAGGAUAACGGGGGGCUUUGGAGCAGAUGAUGCUCUAUCAGUGGCUUCUUUGGUCUUUUUCAUACUGGGCUCUAUCUGUCUCCUAAUUGGCGUUGGAACUGGUAGUUUUGGACACAUGUGGAUGUCUCUCUCUCAUAGAACGCUUGUCGUGGGCUUAAAGCUCUUGUUUGUAUAUGAGGCGUCCUACGUGAUAGCAACAUGUUUGGUCAAGUUGUCCAUCUGCCUGUUUCUCCUCCGGUUCACCCUGGAGCGUAAACACACUUUCCCUCUGUAUGGCGUCUUCGCUGUAACUCUUUCCUACAGCAUCUUUCUGCUAUUUUUUGCCCUGUUCCAGUGCAAACCCGUGUCUGCCUUCUGGGACCCCCAGGGAAAUUGUAACCGACCUGGCACUAUCAAGGUCACCUAUGCACACUCGGCGGUUGUUAGUGCGUGCGAUUUGGUCCUCGUUCUUGUCCCGAUAUUCAUAGUUCACCAUCUGCCUCUUGGAUUCCGUACCAAGGUUUGUGUUUGGAUUCUCCUGGCGCUCGGCUCCUGUGCCAGCAUUGCAACCUGGCCAAGAUUUGCCUAUGUGCAUGAUCUGAUUGACCCCAAGAACCUUUUUUUCAAUAUCGGUCUUAUUCUUACCUCGCACCUUGAGAUUGGGAUAGCUCUUACGGCCUCGUCAGUGGCCACCCUUCGACCACUGCUGAUGCGGUUGCGAGGAGUUUCCAGUGACCGCACGCAGAGCUAUCGCUCGGAUCAGGAUUACCUCAGUCGUACUGAAAGUGUUGGGAGAUAUCCGCACCAGGCACAACAAGCCAAUGAAAUCAAUGUAGAGCUCAGCGAAGAAUCCUAGCUAGGGGAACGGAAUUGCAGGAUUUCAAAUGUGUCUGGAUUCAUUCUGGAAGCAUUCCGGAUACAAUAAAACAAAAGACAAAAGACAAAAAGACAACCUGCAUGUCGUGUCCAGCCCUACGCCGUUGAAGGCGUCCCAACUGGCAAAAUUGCAGCAGGAUGAUUACCGCUCUUAUACUUGUUGCUUGCUCAAUUCAUUCCAUACUUCUUCCUCCACGUUGCCAUAGAUCCAUAUCCCUUUCCGCGGGUCUUUCCAUGUGAAAAGUAAGUUUUCC